GAACUGGGCCAAAAAAAUCAACAUAGCAGAUACAAAGUGUGAACGGUGAGAAAUUUUUCGUGUCACAGUUGCAGAAUUCUAAGUAUUUCCUGGUGAUUUUUGGUCGUGUCAAUACAACAACUUUAAGGACAAUGAAACAAACUUUGCUAAGCUAACUUUAUGUUCCUGGUGUUAGCUUAUGCUAGCGGCCGAGCAGUGCAUUUGUAUUCGUUCCUAUCUUCAUAAUGUUGUUUUUUUUUCAACGCGAUAGAGUGUUACACCGAAAACCUUGACAGGCGGAAACAAUGCUACAGAUUUCGGCUGUUUGAAUGCCUGUAUGAGAAACGGUUCCGUCAGCAAAUAACCAAGAAUACCAAACAUCCGCUGGUAUUUGCGCCAUGAAUCCAUCCAAUCCGUUUGGAAGUCCACAAGGUGGAGCUUUCCAAGCCCCAACCAACACUUUGAAGACUGGUUUGUUCCAGUCAUUUGGACAGCAAAGUUCUAGCAAUCAGCCCCCAACUAUGGGCUUUUAUCAACCAUCAGCGUUUGGACAGCCCUCACCUCAUGGAAAUACCAUCUUUGGACAGACCCCUGCCUUUGGACAGUCGUCUACACAGCCCCCCUUGCUGCCAACAGCAAGCCAAGCUCCAGCAUUUGGACAGCCAUCAUUAGGAAUGAGUAGCUUUGGUAGUAGUCCCGCACCAACGUUUGGACAGACUAGUGGCCCAAACCAGAGUUCAGUCUUUGGGCAGACACCUGCAUUCGGACAGCCUUCUGCAUUUGGGCAGGCUCCAGGAUUUAGUCAGCAGCCACAGGGAUUUGGCAAACAGCCACCAGGGUUUGGCCAACAACCCUCUGGGUUUGGAAACUCCCAGAUGACUUCUGGCUCCGCCACUACCUUAGGGCAACCUCAGCCACUGGGUUUCGGACAGUCUGUGUUUGGACAGCCAUCAUCUACUAAUGUCACCACCAGUGUAUUUGGCACAGCUCAGAGUGCGACCCAGAGCAGAGGCUUCAGUUUCAAGCCAGCUAAUGAGGCACUGUUCAAACCCAUCUUCAGUGCCAGUCCUGAGCCAGCUAACCCUCAGACUACUUCAAUGUCCAGUUCACCUUUUGGCAGUAGUGGGUCCCAGACGAAUACCAGCGCCAUGAGUAGCAGCACCACCACCACCACUGGCUUCCCUCUAUUGACUGGGGCUAAACCUGGGCCGCUGGGCUUCAGCUUUUCACAGCCAGCUGCAGCACCCUCUAUCUCUGCUCAAGACAAUCCACAAACAACUAGCAGCGCCCCCCCCAACACUCUGCAGUUCACCUUCUCCCAGCCAGCUGCCCCCUCCAGUUCCAACACUCAAGCAUCCACCACCCAACCCACCACCCCGUCAUCUUUCAGCUUCUCUGCCAAACCCCCCCAGCCUCAGGCAACACCCCUUUUUGGAGGAACCAGCUUUGGUCAGCCUGCACUCUUUGGAGACUCCAAAGCUAAAGCUGAAACUAGUAGUGAUGCGAAAGGGAGCAACCUGGAGGUCCUCGGUGACACAAACAUAUUUGCACGAUUGAGCAAAGGCACCAAGCGCAAGGAAGAUCCACCUGUCUCCAGCAUUGGCCCAGAGAAGGCUGCCACAGAGGACAAUGUUACAGCAGAAGCAGAUUCACCAAGACAGCCCUCAAAGAGGCCCCUAAUGAGGUCCCGUGGCCCACCAAGGGGCUUAUUCAAUAGGGCAUUGAGUGAUCUUCGUAGAGAUGGCCCUAACCCAGUGAAGCGUGAGGCCACAAAGGAGACUCAGCAGCAAGCAUCAACGUGGGAGGAGACAGAGAGGGAAGAAGUCCAAGCUCAGACUGACAACCUACCCCCUACACCACCCACAGCUCAAGCUCCGACCAGGGACAUGCUGGAAAAAGCUGAAGAAUCAGACACAGGAAAAGCCCCAGACCCCAAGCCUGAAACCACAACCCCUGUGACACGUGACUUGCGCAGAGAGAGCUCAGACAGCCUAGGCGGCAUGUCACCCACUGACUCCACCACCAUCCAGUGCAGAGAUGUGCCUCCAGCCCUCAACAAGAAGGACCUCGUCGAGAAGCACUUUGGUCGUUUUGGCAAAGUCCGUAAGGUCAUCUGCCGGCCUGCCAAGAACCUGGCCAUUGUACAUUUUGAAGACCACGCGUCAGCAGCAAAGGCAAAGAAGAAAGGCCAAGUCAUGCAUCGACACAAACUCCUUCUCUUGUGGCAGAGAAAAAAGCAAAGUCCAAGUGACAAAGGGACCAGGCCUGUAGCAGGAACAGAUGAGGGAGAGGGAGAAUUGCAGGAGGACACAGGGUCCAAGGCUGCUUCCUCCCCACUCAGAAGACCUGCACUCAGAGCCCCUGCGGUCAGCAGCAUGGUGACCCUCAGUCGCAGCUCUCCGGUGAAGAAGUCAGUGGCCACAUCUCUGCAGUUUGAUGCCGAACCCCAGAAAGAGAGCAGCACAGAGGCCCAGAGCUCAGAGCGCUCAGUCCCCUCCUCCCUCCUCCACCUCAUUGGCCAGAUGGCUGAAACCGCUGAGGACAAGUACCGCCUCUUGGAGCAGAGAGACAAGAUCCUGCGUCAAGGUCGGCCCAAGAGAACAGACCUGGACCUGUCUAAGGUGUUUGUGGGGACAUGCCCUGACAUGUGUCCAGAGAAGGAGAGGUUCAUGAGGGAAACUCGGAAACAGCUGAGCAUAUUCGAGGUCAUCCCAGAUACUGAGAUGGUGGAUCACUCAGCAGCCAUCAAGGAGUACAGCCGCUCAUCAGCCGACCAGGAGGAGCCCCUGCCCCACGAGUUGCGCCCCCUUCCUGUGCUCAGCAUGACCAUGGACUAUCUGGUGACUCAGAUCAUGGACCAGGGCCAUGACAACUACCGGGACUGGUAUGACUUUGUCUGGAACAGGACCCGUGGCAUCCGCAAGGACAUCACCCAGCAGCACCUGUGCUGCCCAGACACGGUGUCGCUGAUUGAGAAGUGCACACGCUUCCACAUUCACUGCAGCCACCACCUCUGCGAGGAGCAUAUCUCAUCUUUUGACGCCAAGAUCAACAAUGAGAACAUGACAAAGUGCCUCCAGAGCCUCAAAGAAAUGUACGAGGACCUGGCCACACGUAACACCUACUGCUCCCGGGAGGCAGAGUUUCGCCAGUACAACGUGCUGCUAAAACUCAACAACGGUGACAUACUGCGUGAGGUGCAGCAGUUCCGUGACGAGGUGCGCAAGUCCCCCGAGGUGAAGUUUGCCGUGCAAGCAUUCGCUGCAGUCAACAGUAACAACUUUGUGCGCUUCUUCAAGCUGGUGAAAGGAGCCUCCUACCUCGCCAGCUGCCUCUUACACAGAUACUUCAAUCAGGUCAGAGCUAAGGCCUUGAAAACCUUGAACUUGGCCCACACCGUGGGUCCACGAUCUACUGCGUUUCCAAUUGAGGACAUAGUUCGAAUGUUAAUGUUCCGCAACGCUGCAGAGGCGACUGACUUCAUCCAGCAGUACGGCCUCAAUGUCAUCGAUGAUAUGGUAGAGCUCAGUCGGAUAACCUAUCAGGAGCCAGACCUGCCUCUAUCCCAGAAGAAGUCGGAGGUCAUCCUCUCAAAGAAAACUGUGUUGAUCGGAGAGGUGGUGCACGGUGGCCCCCUCCCUCACCUUCAGCAGCGCAUCCCUGUCUGCAGCUUUGACUCCCAGAACAAGUACCGUGGAGAAGGCCCUCUGGCCGAGCCCACUCCCAGCCAGUUUAAAGCUAUUGCAGCCAAGGUGGAGGUUAAGGCACCACCCAGCGUUGAGUUGCUGACACAGGUCGUGCCAGUCAAGGUUCCAGACAUACCCUCUGUGUUUGGUUUGCCUCCAGCUGUCACAGAUGAGGCCGGAGAGCCCAGCGAACCUUAUCACAGCUCGACCCGCCCAGCAGAAACCCAGCAGCUAUUCCAGCCAAUAUCUCAACCUCAGCCUGUCAAACCUCCAUCACCACCACCCAAACCUCAGCCGGUCUACAGCAAUGAGGACGUUAUUGCUGUACUGGACUGUGUGAUUGAGGAGGUGGUUGAAGCUGCAGUGAGGGAGGUAGCUGACGCUGGUGCCAGCUAUGCCACAGCAGCUCUUGCGGAGAGCAGCGUGCAGGCAGAGUCUCUGGUGACUGAGGUGAUGGGACAGAUGCUGCUGGAGAUAUCUUCCACCGAGAUCAAGCUGGAACAGGAGCGUGUCGCUGAAGAGAAACGCAAGCUCGAAGAAGCCAGGAGGAGGCAGGAGCACGAGGCCUUCCUGGUUCAGUUCAGCUUCUCUCUCUGUACAGAGAUCAUCCACGAAGUUUUAGAUGAGACCAUCAAAGAGACCGCUGCCUCUGAGAUCCAGCAGGCAGUGAAUGAGAAAGCAGAUCGUGUGGCUAAAUGCACAGAGCAGGUCUGCACAAGUCUAGUUGAAGAGACUUUGAAUGCAGACAUCGCUCUGUUGGUUGAAGACAUCCUUGAAGCUGAGCUGCAGCGCAUCCACAAGUACAUCAAACGGUGGCGUGAUGUGGUAGCAGUGCGCCGGCAGCUGAAGAGACAGAUGAGGGGUUUCCCUGCAGCUCCUUGCUGUGUGGACCCACGAUUCAAACUGAAGGCUCUGGCUCCCAGCGCUCCUGCGCAGCCCUCCAUAGCAGAUCUGGCCCGUGGUCUGGUCAACCUGGGGAACGCCGGCACCUUGGCCCUCUCCAGCACCAGGUUGUUAAAACUGAGACAAGAAGUGAUCCACCAGAUGAGAGUCCACUACUACUAUCAGCAGCUGCUGGAUGAGACAGUGUGGGCACCUCUCGACCUGCCGGCACUGGUGACAGAAAGCAUCUCCAACCCACCUGACCGUAUCUUCUGGAAAGCCAUUCUCCUCUUACCGAGCGACCAUGAGAGUGUAGCCAGUCUGGCAGACAGGAUCCUGUCAGACUGGCUGGAGGUGAAGCUUGGUGGUGGCAAGUGGUCGGAGGAGAGUGAGGAGCAGCAUGAUGGCACACUGCAGACCCUCUGUGUCACCAACUCACUGCAGGAAAAAGAACAACGCAUUCACAAAGUCCACAUCAGCGUCAAGGCCUCCCGAGGCCCUUUGACUGAAGACGGACUGUCCAAAAUGGAGGAGUGCUGUGAGCUCCAUGGGACAGGCGCUCUGAUCAUGUUGCUUCCUGCCGUGCCCAUCGUCGAACCCAGGCAGGAAGAGCAGGAUGUACCCCUGCUGUCAGCCCUGCUUCAGCUCAAACAGCUGCAGCAAGCCAGCACCUGGCACUGCCCGCUGCCUCUGGUCAUUCUGGUGCCAGGGCCUGACGGUGGCACUGGUCAGACACAGAAACUUGAAGAAGCCCUGAUGCUGCAAACACUGGUGAAGGAAGGCCUGAUAUCGGAGUACACGUUCCUCUUCAUACCGGAGACCACAAGUGACCUGCAGGGAUCCAAACAGCUAAGCCAGGCUAUGAGUUGGCUGCUGUCCCAUUCUCCACUACCCUUCCCACUCUCCUGCCAGACGCUGGUGCAGCUCGUGGAGGCCAGUUUGAGUCGCGAGUUUACUCCGAGAGUUUACGCCCACCGGCAGGAGCGGGCUGCAGCGAAUCUUCCGUCCGAGGACCCUGCGCCUGUCAUCCAGCUGUACAACGCCGUCCUGGCUCACAUUGCUGACAAAGUGUCAUCCCAGGAGCUCAGUCGGCUCUCGUGGCCACCAGGCGAGUUCUGUCUGUCCGAUACCCGUGACUUUGUCCCUCAUCUGGGCUGGAACUCUGCCCAUCACCUGGCCUGGCUCCGCAAAGCCAUCCUCAGCCUGCAGCUGCCACAGUGGGAGCAGCUGCCUGCCACAGACUCGUGGUCUGAGAUCUGUUCCUCCAUCUUUCGGUACGCCGCUCAGAUCCCAGUCUCACGUCGGAGUCAGCCUCUCUUAAUGUCAAGGCUGGAAAACCUUCUGGAAAGGGUGAGGCUGAAGGGUCACCGUACCCGAACCCCCAGAUCCAAGUUAACUGCAAGCAGCUGGGGCAGCAUAGACGAGAGUGCGUGUCCAGCUUUCAGUCAGAUUCCUUGGGAUGACGUGCUGGUGAUUUGCAUAGACCACAAGCUGAAAGACUGGCAGAUCCCUGGACCACCUGUCUGUGAAGAUGCUGUGACGGAGGAUGGGGAGAUCCUGGUGUACUUCCUCACAGAAUCCUUGAAGGUUUUCCAGCCACCUGAGGAGUGGACCCAGGCCACCAGGCAAACCCACAGGGAGAAGCAGCAAGAGAAGGAAGGGCCGAGUGUAGCGGCUUGUGCCACGCCCACCAGUCUGUCCCUAAGACAGAGGUUGUUCUCCAGUCUGGUGGAGCCUCUCGAGGCCCCGACAGCCCCGCUGGACAUCACACACACUCCCACAGCACAGGAGCUGCUGGCCCACAAGGUCCUCCAGAGCUUAGAGGAGGAGAAGGCUGAAAGCAAAAGGAGCAUGGAGCAGCUUCAGCGGUGGCUGGAUUGCGACCCCUUGGACCACUUGUCCACACCGCUUUUCAUUCCAUCCUCCACUCUGCUGUCCAUGCCCACAACAUUAACACGUGCACCCUCAGCCAAGACUCGAGAUGCUGCUCUCACGCAGGAGUCAGAGCCUGAUGAUCCGUCAGACAAAGCAGACUGGCCUAAAAGCACGCCUGUAUCUAUGUCAUGGCGACUGAAGGAGCUGGAGCGACAGAUUUUGGCGAGCCAAGAGGAGGAACUGGCCUGCAGACUGAAGCUGAAUGGUCUGCUGAGCAUUGUGGACGACUGAUGAACUGGUGGAGGGAAAUCAGAAACAACAAAUGCUUCUGCAGCUUUGCAAGUGUUUGAAAACUGUGGACAAACUAACUUUUGCCUGCAGUGAGAGACUGCUUGGAUUUAUUUACUGAGCUGUGGCAUGUUGAGCUGAUGCUGCUGUUGAAGUCAGAUUUUACUGAUUGUGUGUUAUUUUUUGUCGUGAAUGAAGGUCUGGGUUUGUAUAAUAUGAAAAGAAAAUCAAGAUUUUUACUCUUGGUUAAUUUUGUACCAUUGUACCCUGCAUUUAUAACACCGUGUGAGUGUGACAUAGAGCAAGCAGUGUCUUGCAGUUCUGUUCCUUGUCUGUCUUUAACACACAUUGAACUGCUUGGAUUGUGUUAAACCAUCUACAAUCCAUAGAAUGGAUUUAUUUUUGUACUGUUGCGUUAUGAAAUCAUAAUGAAACAGCAAAAUGUUGAAUAAAGGUGUUAUUUUUUAUGUAAA